CGCGUCUCGGCCGGCCAGGAGGAGGAAGGCUUGGCUGGCUGGCGGCGCCCGGGAGGAGAGAAGCCCACCUACCCAGCCACCCAGCCGCUCAGGCAGGCAGUGGCGAGGGAGAGCCCAGGCGGAGCAGCGGCUGGCUUCGGGGAGGGAAGCGUUGCCCUCCCGGCCUUUCCUGCCUUCUGCUUGCCGAUCACGUAAGUGAGAACUGGGAAUCCAGAGAGUCCCCUCAGAUCCCAAGAGCUAUCAUGGCUGAACCAGAUUACAUAGACGAAGACAAUCCUGAACUCAUUAAGCCUCAGAAACUAAUUAAUCCUGUAAAAACCUCCCGGAACCAUCAAGAUCUUCACCGAGAACUCCGUAUGAAUCAGAAAAGGGGCCUAGCUCCUCAGAACAAGCCAGAACUUCAGAAAGUGAUGGAGAGACGAAAAAGAGACCAGGUUUUCAAGCAGAAGGAAGAGGAAGCCCAGAAGAAGAAGUCAGACUUGGAAAUAGAACUUCUCAAGCGACAACAGAAAUUGGAACAACUUGAACUUGAGAAGCAGAAGAUCCAGGAGGAGCAAGAAAACGCGCCCGAAUUUGUCAAGGUGAAAGGCAACUUGAGAAGAACGGCCCAGGAAUCCUCAGAAGCUCCAAACUCCUAGAGAAGGAAAACUUCUUUUAAGACUUGAAGCUUUCAGCUCCAGUGGGCAGUAGGGAAGGGACUUCUGAGACGUCUGGCACCCAUUUGCCCCGGAGCGGAUGCAAAAAAACGUGGUCAAUACAAGGUCAAUUUCUGGAUCCUGUUUUGAAAGGGUGACUGCUUAGAAGUCAAAACUUGCCAGUAAUAAUACGGAGAUCAGAGGAUAAACAAGCAACCUGCUUUUUCCUAUCCCAGAUAAGAUGGAGAACCUGUUUUGAGGAGCUGGGUUGCUUAUUUACUCCUGAUCGUGCUUAAGUGAGCAUUCUCAGGCUAAUAUGUCUGCAUUUUUUCCCCCUCUCCUUGUUCCUACUUUGUGGAAUUCUGCUAUGCAGGAAAAAAAACAAAGUGUGUUUUUUUUUUGAGACCACUUUUUGAGUUACGUUCUGUGUGGAAACUUGGCUUCAGCAAUGGAGCUGGCCACUCAGAUAUUUUGUGUAAAUAGAAAAGUCCUUUAGACUUGAAGCUGGAUUUUUCCCAUUUAUCUCUAAUAGGUAGGAUGGACCACCACAGCUGCGAGGAAGGAAGGAAGCAAAGAAAGAGAGGCAAAUGCAAUAUUCCCGGUCGUUAGAUGGCUAAAAUAUAUUCUUGACCACUUCUGGGGUUGUAAAGAAAUGGAUAGUUUUUGCAAUGCAACUCUCUUUUUUUUCCCCUCUCUCUAACCCAACCUUGCUAAAGCAGUGUUGUACUUUAUCAUUGAUUCCUCUGGCACAUGCCAUGGUCUACAUCGCAGCUGAUGUUUACUUCGAUCAGGGUUUCCAAAACCUUACAUCUGAGUUUCUGAUUCUCAAUUUUUUUGCUUCUGACCCUGAGUUUGCAAACAUUUUAUGGGACAGCCUGAGAACUUCUGGGUCAAAGAAGAAGCCACAAACCCUAAAAAUACAUUCUGGUGCAUCGUUUUUCAUCACCUGUGUAGAUUUAUUAUUUUCUUUUAAGAUUAACAAAACCAGGCAAGUUUGGAAUAAUACUGUCAGGGCUUGGCCAGGGAGUGGGAGUUUAAAAAACAACAACAUGAAAUUCUCUUUAUUUUCUUUGUUCUCCAUGAAAUCCAGUUACAUUUCCACCUGGAGGUAAAAGCCCAUUAAUGCCAGAGGAACUUACUUCUCGACAAAUGGAAAUCAGAUUGUAGAUUAAUUUAUCUCGGUAUAUAUUUUUUUCUUAAGUUGUCCACCAUCCGAUUCUUAUCUCAUUCCUGUUUUCAACUAGUGAGAAUGCCAGUGAGAGGCCAGGAUUAUGGAAAAACUAUGGAUUUCCAGGAAAAAUCUUAGGGUAGGACUUUCCUCCAACAGUCCUAAGCUCCAAUUUGUCCAGUGGCAUCUCCAAUACAGAAGUCAACAAAUUCAAGAUGGCAGCUGUGACCAUGUGACCAAAGCCCCUCCCUCCUUUUUUGCAUGGGACCAAAGGAGCAGAGCUUUGAUCCUGUCGUUUUAGCUGCCAUUUUGAAUUUCUAAAAAUCCCCCCUCCCCCCAAACCUGAAAUGGCUUCAAGGUUUUGUCCAGUGUUCCUGACUGGAUUCAACCAUCUUUUAAAAUGACCUCUUGAUCAUUGGUCCUUUAUAAGAAUUCAGAGAGCAAGCCAUAGUUUCCUACAGAUUUUUUUUUUUUUAAAUAACUUCAGGAAAUCCAUCUACUUACACUUCUGGCUGAGUUUUGUGGGGCGUUGAUGGGAUUUUAGUACAGUCCCUCAGGAAAACGUAAUUCAGGAAUGCUUAGCCUGUGACGUCCUCCGUGGCACAUGAUACCAAGGGGGUGUUUUAUUUCAUUUUAUUUUUUUAAAGCCUUAGUUUCAGAAAACCACUGAACCUUGAACCUCUGCAUUGCGGAAACAAACCUAACUUGGAUAAUGAGAACUUUUAGCAAGGAUGACCAGGGUAGCCUAACCUUGAUUUGAGUUCAUUUUUGUGAGUGCUUGUCACAUAUGUGUGUUGUUUCUUGCACUUGUUCAUUGGGGUAUACGGAUGGAUGGAAACCCUCCGAGCUAGCUUUCAUUAGUGAUCACAAUAGGUAGGUAGAACAUUAGCAGUACAAAAAUCACAUUCAAUAACCCCUUAAAUAGGACCAGCUCCAUUUCACCUUCCUGUUACAUCCAAGCAAAAUCCUUGACAGAGUUUACAUCGGUUGAUACAAGCAAGGGACCUAUUUAGUCCUUUCGAGCCCAUGUCUUGCGACCGACAGCAAGCAAUCUAAAUAAAAUCACAUUAUCCAUCCCAGCCAGUAAGAAAAAGGUUUCUGGGAGUUACCAUUUACUUCUAAUUUAAAUCUUGACACAAGUUAUUUUUAUCACUGACUUGGAUUUAUAGGGUUGUGUCUUUUUAGGAGGACACAUUUAAAGGGCUUGAUAAAAUAUAUGUGUGUGUGUGUGUGAAUGCUGGUGGAUGGUUUUGCCACGUGAAAGGGAAAUAGGAGAGCUUGAUUUUUAUUUUUUUAUUUUUUUUGGAAAAGGUGACUUUCUCUUGCCAUGCCGACAGGUGACAAUUCCAGCUUUAAUUUCUUCUUUUGGGACCAGAGGUGACGAGAUUGUACACCACUAACCACUAACCUUCCCUUUCUCUACAUCAGUGUUUCUCAACCUUGGUAGCUUGAAGAUGGGUGGACUUCUGGGAGUUGAAGUCCACCCAUCUUCAAGCUACCAAGGUUGAGAAACACUGCUUGGUCACUGCAGCAAGAGUUUGGAGGUGGUGGGAAUGCUCCUAACACUGUGGAUUUUCUUCUGGGGAAAGGACUUGCCUUAAUGGACCCACCUACUCCUAUGUCUUUCUCCAGCUGUGCCAUUGAAUUCAUCCCUUCUAGAGGUUCCACUUCCAUAACCACCAGCUGGCUCAGUAGACAUCAAAAAUUCACAACACUCGGUAUCAUAAUCCCCAAUGAAUGUUUGACCCCCGCCUAGUCCUUUGCGUAUCGUAGUCUUCUCCAACUUCAUUAAAACCGGACCGUCUGCCAAAUAAAUUUACUCCUGGUUUAGCGACGAAUAAAAUCAACUGGAUUUUUAAAAAGAUGUUUCCUAAAACAAAGGAAAAAAACCAAUUUUGCAGACCACGCUGCCUAGCAGUCGUAGGAAAAAAGUAGGAAACGGUGUUCCUCUGGCAGAAUGUAAUAUUUUUGGGUCAUCGAAGAAUGCUGCGAGAAUUUGUAUUUCUGCUUUGCUUCGGGAGCCAGAAUUUGGUUUCAAGUCAGCGUGACAACACUCAAACCAUCAGUGUAACAUUAAGUCAGCUUUUGAGUAAUAUUUUGGCAUUGUUCAGCUCUCUUUUAUUGGCAGAAAGCCGUCAAGAUUGUGAUAAUAACUUUCCCAUUUUUUUUUCCAGAAGCGUACCUGGAUAUCCUCUGUUGAGCUAUUUUAAUUUAAAAGUGAUAUUGUCUCCUUUUAGAAAUGUUGUCUUUUUAAAUGCUUUUAAAAGAAUUUUUAGUUGGUUAAGGUGGAAAAUUAGUGCCACCUCCCAAUCCUCUAGGUUAGGCUAUUUUUUCAUGUCUUUACUUGUUUCCCGGUGUACAUAUAUAAAUAUUAAAAAGGGAGCCUUAAGGGGAUUUGUUUUCAUAAUUUAAUAUUUUUUGUAUUUUUUGCUCUUGCCUACUUGUUUUUAACAAAGUGUUACGAAAAUGAGGGUGGAAUUCUUAGAACCAAAGUUACUACUUAAUAAAAAUGUAUUACCUGCUUGGAAUAUGCAAUGGU